AUGGUAGCACUUGAGCUGUACCAUUACGACCCGUCCUUCAUUCCCGCCAUUGUCGCUCUGGGCUUGUUUUCUGCCUCGACGGUAGUGUGCUUGUUGCAGAUUUUACGAUGUAGAACUUGGUUCUUUAUUCCGUUCCUUUUGGGAUGUUCAGUUGAGGCGGUGGGAUAUGCUUGCCGUGCGGUAUCAGCAAGAGACUCACCUCGCUGGACGGUUCCCUUUGCGACACAGACCUUUGCCUCUCUUCUGGGUCCUACUCUAAUGACUGCGACUGUCUAUAUGAUGCUCAGAAGGCUUAUCGAAGCGCUAGAUGCAGAUGUCCACUCUUUAGUUCCGGCAAAGGUGCUUCCAAAGGCGUUUAUCUUUGGGGACUUGCUCUCGCUUGCGGCACAAUUGACAGGUGCGAGUAUAUCUAUAAUGGCCAAGACAGUCAACAAGCAGCGAACAGGCCAACUCAUUAUUGUCGGUGGCCUUGCAUUCCAACUGUACUUCUUUGGCUUUUUCACCUCCAUCUUGCACAUCGUCCACAGCCGUGUCCUUGACAAUCCAACUCGCCAAAGCACAACGCUUACGAUGCCCUGGAAGCGAUGGAUCAUCGUUCUCUACGUAGCCUGUGGACUGAUCAUUGCUCGAUUGAUCUAUCGUUUGAUCGAGUACGGCACUGGCCCUACAGGCAUUGUGCAAAAGACAGAGAUCUACUUUUAUGUAUUCGAUGCAUGCUUCAUCUUCAUUGUCACCGCUCUGCUCAACAUCUUCCACCCGAGAAGCUUAGCUACCGUUUCUAGAGAAGAGCUGAAGGACAUUGAAACAGUGGUCGUCACACCGGUCAAAUCCCUUUCUCAGUAUCAGCUACCACAAACCCCCCCAAGAUAUCCUCAACCACCGCCUUAUUUACCCUCGCACGCAAACCUCCGAAAUCGCGCGCCUAGCUUUCAUUAUCCACAGUCUCCCUACAAAAGUCAAUCUUUUAUUCAGUAUCCGCCCGCGCUGCAUUACUAUCAGCAGCGAAGGCCGCAUACACUUGCGCACCACCGCCCGCGAACGAACAGAACUAACAGAAGCUUCAAUCCGUCUUUGAGCUCUUCUUCUAGUGUUAUUAGUAUUUACAAUCCCAAGACCGGGCAGUAUGAACCUUUCCGAAGGUAG